ACAAAGUUACGUUGAUUGACAGAUCAGGCAUGAUACCUGGUGUCUUGUCAGUAAUGGUUGUGGGGUCAGGCUGCAGACCAGUGUCACUGUCAAGAAUCAAGAAUCCAGCAUCGAGAUAUAUAAACCACAGCCAGAACACCCGCAAAAUACUCAUUGCUACUGUAGCAGUAGAUCCUACCCGCAAUCCUCAUGUCCGACAACAAAGCUACUCUCAAGUCCAAGUCAACUACUCCCGCUCAGCCUGCCCCCAAGGUGGGAGCCGAUUGCAAGCUCUACUGGCGGUUGACUCGCAUGCACGUAUGGCCGACUGGAGGCGAUCUCGUCUGGUUCCCUGCCAUGUGGGCGCUGCUGAUGAGCGCAUACCGUCUCAGCCUUCCGCCUCGGACGGUCGCCGUACAUGCGCUCGUUCACGCCGUCGCCUGCACGUUCGCCCACAGCGCCGGAUGCAUAUGGAACGACAUCUGCGACCGAGACAUUGACAAACACGUUGAGCGGACAAAGACGCGGCCAAUUGCCAGCGGAGAGAUAACUGUCCCUGCUGCGCUCCUUUUGAUGGAGAUUCCUGCCCUCGGCUACUUCGCAACGAUGUCGUACCUCGGGAGUGGCACAAUGACACUCGGGGCGAUGGUGUUUUUCACGGUCGCACCGAUUUAUCCUCUAUCGAAGCGUUUCACCAAUUGGCCCCAAUUGGUUUUGGGGGUCAACUGUGCCUGGAACGCGAUCGUUGGGUGGUAUGCCGUCAACCACACCGUCGACUGGUCGGUCGUAGGGUCGCUAUCCCUCGGCAUGACAUGCUGGGCCGUCCACUUCGACACCGUCUACGCAUCGCCUGACAAGAAGUUCGACAAGGAGUUCGGCGUCUACUCAUGCGCCAUCCUCUUCGGCGACUACAUCCGCCCCAUACUCUCCCUCUUCUGCGCCGCGUUUGUGGGAUGCCUCGCGUACGCCGGAUACGCGAACCACCAGGGCCCGCUGUACUACGCGAUCGCGGUCGGCUACCCGGCACUCGGGCUGCUCUGGCAGCUGGUGACGACGGACAAUUUCGAAACCCAGGAUGGUAUUAAGAUUAUCAAGGCCAACGCAUCAAUCGGGUACCUUACGGUGGCUGGGCUGCUGGCUGACUAUGUGUACGAAGUCGUGCUGUGAGCGGUGGAAGCUCGGACUGGCCGGAUCCGUCU